AUGACUAUCGCGGUACCUCAGACCAUGAAGGCCCUCUUAUACGACAAGCCGAGAGUACAAAAGAUAGUUGAGGUCCCAGUGCCCGCACUCCGUGCGAAUGAUGUCUUGAUCAAGGUUAAGGCAUGCGGCGUCUGUGAUACCGACCUUCGCACUCAUGAGGGCAACUCCAUUGCAAAGUUCCCUCUGGUUCCAGGCCAUGAAACCGUCGGUAUUGUUGCAGAUUUAGGCUCUAAAGUCAAGACCCUCAAGAUUGGUGAUCGUGUUGUUGCAGAUAACUCUGAGUUCUGUGGCGAGUGCUUCUACUGCCGUCGUGGCGAUGAGUUGUUCUGCGAGAACUUCGACGUCCAUGGCAUCACCAUGAGCGGGGGCUUUGCUGAAUACUGCGCUUAUCCUGCUGGCAGGGUGUUCAAGGUCAAGAACCUCAGCGAUGUUGACGCCACCCUCAUUGAACCCGCUUCCCGUGCCGCCCACGGUCUUGAUAAGAUCUCUCCCAAAAUGGGCUCACGCGUUCUUCUCUUCGGCGCCGAGCCCACUGGCCUGAUCCUCGCCCAGCUGCUCCGCCUGAACGGUGGAUGUCACGUCGUUAUUUGUGCCCCCAAGGGACUGAAGAUGGAGCUCGCUAAAUCUCUUGGUGCGGGAGACGAAUACAUCGAAAACUCCUUACAGGAUCCCAUCGACCAGUCCAACUGGCUGAAGGUGGACAAUCCUUAUGGCUUCGACGUUGUAGUUGAGGCCACAGGCAACGUCAAGAUCCUCGAGGAUUCGAUCAACUACGUGCGCCGCGGCGGCAAGCUCGUCGUAUACGGCGCCUAUUCCUACGAGGACCGCGUCUCCUGGUAUCCUAGAAAGAUUAUUGGCGACGAAAUUCAGAUCAUCGGCAGCUUCUCCGAGGUCUACAAGUUCCCCGCAGCCAUUGACUACCUUGACUCUGGCAAGGUCAAGGUGACCGGAAUAGUGAAUAAGCUGUACAAGCUUGAACAAUGGGAGGAUUGUUUGAAGGCGAUGCGCAACAAGAACACCAUCAAGGCGGCCAUUAUUUUUGACUGGAAUUGA